CUCAAAGUUCAUUUAAAGUAAAAAAAAACAAAACCUCUCUCUCUCUCUGUGUGUGUGUGUGUGUGUUUGAGUUCAGGAAAAUGGCCGAGGCCAGUAUUUCGGUAGAUCAGGACCAGUUCAGCUGUCCAGUCUGUCUGGAUGUCCUGAAGGAUCCGGUGACUCUCCCCUGUGGUCACAGUUUCUGUAAGGUGUGUAUUAAUGGCUGCUGGGAUCAGGAGGAUCGGAAGGGCAUUUACAGCUGUCCUCAGUGCAGAGACACUUUCAAUCUAAGGCCUGUUCUACACAGAAACAACAUGCUGGCUGAAGUGGUGGAGAAAGUGAAGAAGAAGACUGAACUCCAAGCUGCUUCUCCUGCUCAGUGUUAUGCUGGACCUGGAGAUGUGGAGUGUGAUUUCUGCACCGGGAGAAAACUCAAAGCCGUCAAGUCCUGUCUGAUGUGUCUGGCUUCUUACUGUGAAAUUCAUCUUAACCCACAUCUAGAACGUCCUGCUUUGAAAAAACAUACAUUAAUUGAAGCUUCAGCAAAACUACAAGAGAAGAUCUGCUCUCAACAUAACAAGCUGAUUGAGAUCUACUGUCGUACUGAUCAAACCUGGAUCUGUUAUUUGUGUACAAUGGAUAAUCACAAAGGUCACGACACCGUCACAGCCACAGCAGAAAGAGCUGAGAAACAGAGUGAGUUAAAGGAGGAGCAGAUAAAAUCCCAGCAGAAAAUCCAGGAGAAGCAGAAGAAGGUGCAGGAGCUGAAACAGGCUGUGAACACUAUAAAGCUGAGUGCACAGACAGCAGUGGAGGACAGUGAGAGGAUCUUUACUGAGCUGAUCAGCUCCAUGGAGAAAAAGCGCUCGGAGGUGACGGAGCUGAUCAGAGCUCAGGAGAAGGCUGAACUGAGUCGAGCUGAACGACUCCUGGAACAAGUGGAGCAGGAGAUUGCUGAUCUUCAGAGGAGAGUCAAUGAGCUGGAGCAGCUUUCACACACACACGAUCACAUCCAGUUCCUCCAGGCUUUAGCUUCUGGACGUCACUCUCCCCCACUACACAGACCAGAUUUUCACGCAUCCAACAUCACUGUCCAUCAACAUCUCUCAUUUGAUGGAGUGAGGAAUUCCCUCUCAGAUUUGAAGAAGAGACUCGAGGAAUUCUGUGAGGAGGAAUUCAACAAAAUUCCUCCACAUGCUGCAGCAGUUCAGAUCAUUUCACCGCAAGAGCCAGAGAGCAGAGAAGAUUUUCUGAAACAUUUCUCUUAUCUGACUCUGAAUCCCAACACAGCACAUCGUAAACUCAUUCUGUCUGAGAAGAACAGAGUGGUCACAGAAAGUGAGACGGAGCUGCGGUACUCUGAUCAUCCAGAGAGAUUUGACUUCUACACUCAGGUGUUGUGUAAGGAGAGUGUGUGUGGAUGCUGUUACUGGGAGGUGGAGCGGAGUGGUGCUGGUGGCGUGUUCAUAUCAGUCUCAUAUAAAGGGAUCAGCAGGAAAGGAGAGGGUGAUGAGUGUGUGUUUGGAUACAAUGAUCAGUCCUGGGGUCUGUGGUGUUCUUCUUCUUCUUCUCUCUCUUUCUGGCACAACAAAAUUAAGACUGAGCUCAGAGUUCCAGCAUCCUCCAGAAUAGGAGUAUAUGUGGAUCACAGCGCAGGUACUCUGUCCUUCUACAGCGUCUCUGACACGAUGAAGCUCCUCCACAGAGUCCACACCACAUUCACUCAGCCUCUAUACGCUGGGUUUAGGCUCUACUGUCUGCGUAGUGAUCUUUCAGUGAGGUUGUGUGAUCCAAAAUCAGGUGUGUACAUUCGAGCACAAAAAAUGGCUCAUUAAUUUUAUUUUAGAGUUCACAGGUGCUCAUCCUUACCACUCACGCUCCUGACUCCACCCUCCAUUCACAAACCGGCGCUUAAUCAUGCCCUCACCUCCACAAUAUAAUUUUUUUUUUCUUCAUCCUGAUGUUUGAUUUGAACAUUAACUAAAGCUCUCUACCUGUAUCUGCAUGAUUUAAUGCAUUGCACUGCUGCAACAUCAGUGGAUAAUUGCAUGAAUGUGCAGAUAUACAGAUGUUCCUAAUAAAGUGGACAGUGAUUGCAUAUUUUUAGCCUACUUAAUCUAUGGGAGGAAAAAAAACUACUACAGUGUCUUGAAUAUGAUCUUUCAGAAAAUCAACUAAACCAACAAUUGACUUGUCUCAAUACCAUAUCUUCAGUUUAUAUAAAGUAAACAUACAUAGUUGCAAUAUAUUAUGUUUAAGUGUCUUUUGGCUGUUUCCUGUGUUUAUUUUUUUUUUCUUUUUGACAUCAGUCUCCUUUUUGUGGGUCGUGAUGAUAUAUUUGUCUCUGCUAACUGUAUCUGUCUGUUGUCUGACUCCAGAUUUGGAUUCUGAACAUGACUCAGAGGUGUUAUAAGAAUCCUUUCACAGGAGAUUUACAGUUUUUCUCUACUGCUAAGACACAGCAUUUCCUGAUACCAUGCGCCAUUUUCUCAAAACUAUAAACACAAAGCCAAAACAGCACACACAAUAUGGACAACCUUCAAACUUCCAUGGCAAAACCAAAUACACAUUAAAUCCUACACAGUAAAUCCUCAUAGUACUGUAAAACACAUGACUGCAAUGCUGUAGAAUUAGACCAUAAUAUAGCCUAUAAUACAGUGCAUAGUAAUGAAAUCAUUGUACUCGUGUAUAUUGGACUUGUGUACUUAUUGCUUAUACUCUAAGUGUUGGUCUUUGACCAUUGGUGAGUUCUGUUCAAAAUGAACAGAGUACACUUGUUUCAUUCUUACCCUGUUCUGCUGAAGUACAUGGUAAAUGGGGUCAAAGCUUAUUUGACUGAUUCCUUGAAAUAAACCCUGAUUUUCCAUUAUUCUCGUUUGAAUUUCUCGCAAGUGAAUGAUAUUGUUGGCUAUCACCAUGUUCACAAGUGUGGUUCCCCGUUCGGCUGACAACAGCAACAAACAUGGUCUGCCUCCACUUGGUUCUUGUCUCUCAGUUCUGUAAAAACAGCAUGAGUAUUGUUUGGAUACAGGCACCCCUAUUUGCUGGGUUUGUGAUACAGUAAGCACUGCAUUACACUAUACACUAUAGCAAUGCAUAUUCUUACAUUUAUCCGCUCUACACAGUACUAUCCAAUAUCACAGGUCCAAGCAACAGAAACAACAGUUAGGAGAAGGGAGGACAACACUACAAAUUUGCACUAUGUAGUGUAGCAAAUGCUAUAGUGGUAAACUACCAAUUUUCUAGCCUACAGCGGAUAACCUAGCAAGGUUAAGGGUUUUGUGUGUAGAGUUUUGUGAAAUGAUUCUUUCCACUGGACACAGAAGAAAUUGUUCAGAUGUUUGGCUCAUAGGCUCAAGAAGUCCCACAUUGUUUCACUCCCUCCAGCUAGCCUACAUUCUGACUGGAGCUCCAUCAUCACACCUGAAGAGAACACUACAAUUAUUCACAUAGAAAAUGAACAACAAUUAUAUAGAGAUGUAGACUCUGUGGCUCUGAACCCACAUAUAUUUUUAAAUGGAAAUAUUAGGAUUAAUAAUUGCCUUUUCUUACACAUUGACAUUCUUUUCAGUUGAAAGAAUUUACUCCACUUCUGCUACUAAUUUUCUCCUCUUACUCACUCACUCACUCACUCACUCAUUCUCAUGUAGACCAGAACUCUGCUGGUGAAAAUUCUGUUCACACAAUUCUCACCAGUAAAACCAAACCCAAGUCAUUUAUAUUUUAAUUUGCAGUUUUAUACAACUGUUCUGGUAUAUCUCAGAAAGCCUGACAGACUCUGUUCCAAAUCAGGUUCAUCAAAUGCUGGUUUGUUUAUGACAUUUUCCAAGAAUAAGGCACUAAAAAGACUGCUGAAGCAGCUGUACACCAAAUAUGCGGAACAGUUACCAAUCAAUGACUGGCAGCCACCUAGUUUUAAUGGCAUUAAAAGCAGCUAGAACAUUAUUUAUUCAGUUCAGCAUUUAAAUAGUAAUGAAUACUUUUAUUGGUAUUAUGAGUAUGUUCUUUCACUGUUUUACUGUAGUGAAGCACUUUGACUUGCAUUUUAUAUCUGAAAUGAGUUAUUCUAAUGACUUUGUAAAUAGACACAGACCUUAUCUUAGAUCAGUACUUCUAGUUUAAGAUGUUUGAUGUGUGUCAUGGUACUUGAAUGCUGCCCUUCUUCAUACUUUGAUUACAGUUUUAAACUAACACCUUGCUGUGAAAAUAAUAUAUUUCUCUAAACACUGAAAGGUUGAGCAGGUGUAUCAGAUUGAACUUAGGACCAAACUGCUAUUAGAGGUUCCUGAAUUUUACAAUAAUAACCAGAGUAAUGCUCCCAAAAUCACAAAUGUACCUGUCUGGGCUUAGAGGAAGAAAAACUCCAACCAUUCACAUGACCAAAGGCAAUUUUACCAGAGUCAUGGAUGAUAAGCCAUUGUUUACAUAACUGUGAUAACAUAAGCCUCAGUUUCAGUAAGAAGCC